GAUAAAUUAGUUGACAUUUGACAGUGAUGUCACGUCUAUGGUUGGUUUAAAAAGUCCCGAGAACCUAAUCCAUCAUGGACUGUAGAAACAGGAAACUCUUCAGAACACUUGUUUUUUCAGCUGAUAAAGUUGAAAAUAUUAUUCAAACACACACUCACACACAUUCAACCACACACUCACACACACAUACUGAUGAGUAAUAAUAACAUAGCAAAUACAAAUAACGGAUAUAAGCAAAAACUUACCCAAACAAAUGUUUAAUUUACAUUAAAUGAAUUCACGACACCCACGUCCGUCACAGACCACGAAACACAUUUGUCCUUUCUUCUAAACAAUCCGAUUUCAAUGAGAGAACUUCGUCCACGCGCUCUGGACGUCACGUGGUUCUCGGUGUGAGCCCACGGUUUGUCUCCUGUUGCCAGUGAAUGCCUCUCACUCUGUUGUUUACCGGUCACACGGCGGGGGUGAUGUGCGGAUUCUUGUGUGCGGUUCUUUCUGCCCUGUUCGCAUGUUCAGAGAAGUUGUCCUGCUCCAAUGUUUCUACCCACGUCGUCUGGGAGAGAAUGCGUCUUCUCUUUCUGGCCACUUUCUUCGGAGUCCUCCUGGACGCAGGAAACGCCCUUCAGAUCCAGUGUUACCAGUGUGACGUGAAGCACAACGACUGCUCCACCCCUGAGUAUGUUGUCAACUGCACCGUCAACGUGCAGGAUAUGUGCCAGAAGGAGGUACUGGUCAAGCCUGAUGGAGUCCAUUAUCGAAAGUCCUGCGCCUCCUCUGGAGCUUGCCUCAUUGCGUCCUCUGGCUAUCAGCAGUUCUGCACAGGCAGGCUGAACUCAGUCUGCAUCACCUGCUGCAACACACCGCUCUGCAACGGCCUGAAAAAGAAGCGCCCUGCCUUCUCUUCAUCGCCGUCACUGUUCCAAAAAUUGAACAAUAGUCUUCAUUUUCUCAUGACCACUUCCCUGCUUCCCAUGAUGCUUUUGACCUGAACGCAGACCAUUCAGUAUAUGCCCAAUUUUGUAAUAGUUGGUAUUGAACCUGUUCUAGUUCUAUGUUUUCUGUCUGAUCAGACUAUUGUAGAGCAGCCGUCCCCAACCUUUUUUUUGGUCGGCCAGUAUCAGCUACGUUACUGCGGACCGGUAAUA